CAACCUUGACUAGCCAACCCAUAAGGAAUCUUCGUUCUACUUUUCUCCACGGCCAUUGACUUGACUUGAUACUCCAAACUAAUAUAUAAACUAGUCUAGCAAAAAAUUAGAGUAUUACUACAUAUUCACAAUGGGACGGUCCUUGGUGAAGUGCUUAUUGUGGGGUUUGAUAGUUCUAGUUCAUCUUCAUGGCCACAGAGGUUGCUUUGAAGAAGAGAGGAUGGGUCUGUUAGAAAUCAAGGAGGAAUUUGCGAGGUCCACCCCCAAUGCGACCAUCAGAGAUCAUCUUCCCCCUUCACUUGCACGGGCCUAUAUUCUCCCUUCAUGGGUCGAUGACUACAAGAGUGAGUGUUGUGAGUGGGAGAGAGUCACCUGCAACUCCACCACCGGUCACGUGACCCAUCUCUCUCUCCAGAAUAUCUGGGAAUUCGAUACUGAAGGACCGUAUUAUUAUUUCCUUUACACUUCCGAUUUCAAAGAUAUGGUCUGGUUUCUAAACGUUUCUUUAUUUGAGAGUUUGAAGGAGUUAAGAAGUCUUGAUUUAUCUUAUAAUGCAAUUGGUGGUUGGAUUGAGCAUAAAGGUUCUGAAAGUUUACUGAGAUUGAACAAGCUGGAGAGUUUAGAUCUUGAUGCUAACAAUUUCAAUCGGAGUAUCAUACAAUCAUUGAGGUUACUUACGUCACUUAAAAGUCUGAAUCUUUCUAAAAAUGCAUUGGAGGGAUCCCUGCCUACCAAAGAACUUUCGGUUUUCGAAGACUUGGAGAUGUUGGAUUUAAGCAGCAAUGAAUUCAAUGGCUCCCUAACAGUUCAAGAUUUCAAAAUUUUGUCGAAGCUAAGCAAGUUGAAGCACCUAGACCUCGGUGGCAAUCAUUUCGACAAAGGGAUUUUAAGAUCUUUGGGUGCACUGUCAGCGCUUACAUCCUUGAAAUUGGAUUAUAAUCAAAUGGAGGGCCCCCUUUAUGACCAAGAUCUUGCUAAUCUAAGAAGCUUGGAGGUCCUUAAUUUAGGAGAUAAUAAUUUCAAUGGUUCCUUGCCAAAAUAUCUUGCUAAUCUAAGAAGCUUGGAGGUCCUUAAUUUAGGAGGCAAUAAUUUCAAUGGUUCCUUGCCAAAAUAUCUUGCUAAUCUAAGAAGCUUGGAGGUCCUUAAUUUAGGAGGCAAUAAUUUCAAUGGUUCCUUGCCAAAAUGUUUAUGUGGACUCAAAAAACUUGAAGAGUUAGAUCUUCGCGGGAAUUCUUUUGAAGGGACCCUUCCAUCUUGCCUAUACAAUUUGACAUCUCUUCAACAGUUAGAUCUCAAUGGGAAUCAGUUCCGAGGAAACAUUUCAUCUUUGAUAGUUGACCUUACAUCCCUUAAGUAUGUUGAUCUCAGUUAUAACCUUUUUGAGGGUUUAUCAUUCAGCUUAUUUGCUAAUCAUUCCAAGCUUGAGUCAUUUCAAUUUAGAUGUGAUAACGAGAAGGUCGAGAUAGAAAUUGAAAAUUCAGAUUGGGUACCCUUAUUUAACUUGGAGUCUUUAGUGAUAUCUAACUGUUCUCUGAAUAAGCUAUCCCAUCAACUUCCGACAUUUCUCUUUCACCAGCAUAGCUUGAGAAAACUUGAUCUUUCACACAAUGGGUUGAAAGGACCGUUUCCUGAUUGGUUGUUUAGAAACAAUACUAGGCUAAAAUCUGCCUUUCUUAACCAUAACUCUUUCACGGGUCAUUUUCAUUUGUCGCAGUGUCUUAACUCUACUUAUGCGAUAGAUGUGUCAAACAAUCAGCUCAAUGGAAAGCUUCAACGAAAUAUUGGGGAGAUCCUACCAAAUAUACAGUACCUACAGUUAUUCAAUAAUUCUUUCACAGGUUAUCUCCCAUCCUCAUUUGGUAAUAUGAGUCUCUUGGACACACUCGACGUGUCCCUUAACAACUUCUCCGGAGAAGUACCAAAGGACUUAUUUGUCGGUUGCUCCAGGUUGUUGAUCUUGGUGUUAUCCAAUAAUUAUUUUGACGGCCAUUUAGAUUGGGUACCUUUAUCUAACUUAACUUGGCUAUCUAUUUUAAAAAUAAAUCAUAAUCAGUUCUCCGGAGCUAUGCCAAAUGAAUUACCCAAUUUCGUGAAUAUUGCUAUCUUGGAUGUUAGCAACAACAAAAUGUCGGGUAGGAUUCCUACUUGGAUAUGCAAUUUAACAUCUUUUGGUGGUAUUCUCAUGCAAAAUAAUAAUUUUGAAGGUCAAAUUCCAUGUGAAACAAUUACAUCUGAGUUUUUGGACCUUUCUCAUAACCUCCUUCACGGAUCUUUACCUUUGUGGUCAAGCACUCGGUUAAAACAUUUACAUUUGGAAGAGAACAGCUUUUCAGGAUCAAUACCAGAAGCAUUUCUCAAUAUGUCGGAGCUUCGGACAUUGGAUAUCAGUGAUAAUAAAUUGUCAGGCAGCAUUCCCAGUGCCAUCAGUAAAACUUCCAACUUAAGAAUUUUGUUGCUGGGAGGAAAUCAUUUGAGUGGCAAUAUUUCAACACAGUUAUGUCAACUGACCAAUAUAACUUUAAUGGAUCUUUCAAGAAACUUAUUUUUCGGGACAAUACCUCAUUGUUUUGGACACACACUAUCUUUUGGUACUUUUGAAGCACGAUAUUUGCAAUGGGCUUCUGGAUUUGGUACUUCCUUCGAUGGUACUGGCGAUCUUUUUUAUUACCUAGAUGUGGAAAUUAACUUUGUUACCAAAUAUAGGCUUAGCUCUUACAAGGAUGACAUUCUUACUUACAUGUCAGGUUUGGAUUUAUCUUGUAACAAUCUAACAGGUGAAAUCCCACUUGAACUUGGACAGCUACAAGGAAUUCAUGCACUAAACUUAUCUCACAAUCAAUUAACAGGUUCCAUUCCAAAAUCUUUCUCAGGCUUGACUAAAGUAGAGAGUUUGGAUCUUUCUCACAAUAGAUUGAGUGGAGAAAUUCCUCCAAAAUUGAUUGAGCUUACCUUUUUGGAGGUGUUCAGUGUUGCUUAUAAUAACUUAUCAGGUAGGACCCCAGAUAUGAAAGCCCAAUUUGGAACUUUUGAUGCAAGCAGUUAUGAUGGAAAUCCAUUUCUUUGUGGACUGCCAUUGGAGAAAAAUUGCACCAAGAGAUAUGAUUCUCCAACGCCAAUGCAUUCCUCAGAUGUAAGUGAUGAGAAAUGGUACAAAGUUGAUCAAACGGUGUUCUUCACUAGCUUUUCGGUAACUUACAUCAUGUUUUGCCUGGGAGUAAUUACUAUUCUUUAUAUCAACACUCAUUGGCAACUGUGGUGCUACAAUUUGGUUGAGGAUUGCAUGUAUUCUUGUUAUUUUUCUAUUGCAAUUACUCUACGUAAGUUAUCAGCCUAUUUGUAUAAUUAGCUAAGGUUGCUUCCUCAAUAUUUGUGAACUUUUAUUGUAACGAAUUUUAUAUCUAUGUUGAUGAAUGAUGGACUGAGAGCUUAAGAAGCAGAAUCAAUUGC